AUGACAACCCGUCUCACCCCCCUCUUCAUCCUCUUCGGGAUCCUCCUCAUCCUAAGCAUCAUCGGCUACAUCACCUACUCGAUCAUCCGCGACGUCACCCGCAACACGAAAUCCAAAAUGGAAGAAAAGAACGUCGUGUUUUCCCGCGACGGGAUGAAAGUCGGGGUGAAGUUGGAGGAUGAGGAGUAUUUGGAUCGGAGUCAGAGUCUCCUCGUCAGCAUGUGGAAUCACACCGCCUUCCCGGCGUAUAAAUCCCGCAUUUGGGAUAUGACGAAGCCGACG